UCGCAACGCGAAGCCGUGAUGCGCCGACGGCCUGAACAGGCCAAUUGGAAGAGAACCAGGCAGAUCUCGCUGCCGGUCGUUUGGCUGUGUGUUUUUCGAACAUUCCGAUUUCCCGGUUUCCGUUUCUUUGCCUUGACAUGUCAGAUCCGGCGGCGAAGAAUCGGAAGAACAACCUGAGAGAAGCUGAAAACGAGGAGAGGAAGCAACUCGUAAAGCACACACCCGACGCUACACAAGCACAAGCACAAGCACAAGCCAUGUCGAAACUCUCCCCGUCGCUGAAAGCGCUCAUCAACGCGCCGUUCGCGCGGCCCGGCCAGGCGCCCGCGCCGCGCAACAUCCGCGACGUCUACACGCGCAUCGCAAACGAAGCGCGCGAACACAAAUACGGCGACCGGCCGUGGGUGACUCUCUCCGCAGCAGCAACAUUCACCCUCAACUCCCCCGCCUCCCUCCUCGCCCUGCACGACCUCACCCCCACCCUAUCCCCCUCCCUCACGCCCCUCACCACCGCCGAACUGAUCCGCGAAAUCGGCCUGAAAUGCAUCUCCUUCAACGGCAUCCCGCGCACCAUCAACAACCUGGCCACCUUCCGCGCCGGCCUGUCCCACCACCCGUGGUCCGGCUCCCUGCGCACCACCCCGUCCCGCACCAUCACCAGCGCCAACCUCCCCGCGACAGCGGCCCGCGGCGACGCCCUCUGGCAGAGCGUCUACACGCCCUUCGACGAGAAGCUCGUCCAGCGCCUGGCGGAAAGUCACCCGGAUCUGCCGGUGCAUAUCCUGGGGAGCCACUACGGGCCGUUGCUGUCGGAUCCGGAGUCUGCUGACAACAACAACAACAACAGUUUGGUGGGGCGGUGCUUGACCAGCGUGCUGGCGGUGGCGUGCCUGCGGGCGCAGACGGGGGUGGGGCCGCAGGUGCUGUCGCAUGUGUUUGGGCUGCGGAAGGGGGUGGAGCAGGGGGCGCAUCGGGGGGAGUUUGCGGGGUUGGAGGAGGGGAGGGUUGGUGAGGCGGAGGCGGAGGCGGUGGAGAGGUUGGCGGGGGAUGAGGGGUGUGAGUGGUUGUUGAGGAGUGUUGAUGCCAUUACUGAGGCGGUGGGGUCGAGUUAUGCGCGGUGGGAUGGGGAGGGGGAGGGGGGGAAGGCGAAGUUGUGAGGGUGUCAGGGUGAUGUGGAAUGUGUGAGGCUGUCAAGACAUGAAAGAUGAGAGGGAGGGGCGGUCAGGGUUGGGUUAAUGGACGCGGUAAAUAAUCGAGGUAUAUCCGUAAAUAUGCAAGCGCGUAAAUGCAAAGGCGCCGC